AUGUCCACUAUCUGCCUGGGCCCAAUAUCAAAUUCUCUGCUCGUCCUGGGAUCCUGUGCCUCAGCUUGCUGCUCCCUCACAUUCCACUGGAAGACUGCCAUGCGAGGCCAGGGUGUAUUCUAUAAAGUGUGCAGGCGCUGGAAAGCCUCCACGUGUGUCCUCAUCUCUUUACUGGCCUCACUGCUGCUGCUGGCCUUUAACAUGCGCCUACCACUCGAUCACAAAGUGAUGAGACGAUCGGUUCUUAGCAAUAACAACUGGACAGUCUACACUCAGAGUCUAUUGCGGCUGGUGAAUGGCAGGAGCCGUUGUGAGGGCCGUGUCGAGGUUCAGUACAAUGGUACGUGGGGCACUGUGUGCGAUGAUGACUGGGACAUGGUGGAUGCCAAUGUGGUGUGUCGACAGCUGGAGUGUGGUCUGGCUGUGGCAGUGGGCACAAGCUCUCGCUUUGGACAAGGUUCUGGGCCCAUCUUUCUCGAUAAUGUGGACUGCAAUGGGGGAGAGAUGGAGUUGAGCCAGUGUGGCAAUCAAGGCUGGGGUAUCCACAACUGCUACCAUUAUGAAGAUGUAGCUGUCAUCUGUAAAGAUAAUACUGUGUUAGGGCCUCAAGGACUGUCUGAAGAACCCAGCACUCCAGCUCGCAGGAACUCUGGUUUAUCAAAGGAUGGUUUAAUCAGGUUGGUGGGUGGUUUGGACCGAUGCCAGGGUCGGGUGGAAAUCUACUACCGGGGCAGCUGGGGAACAGUGUGUGAUGAUGACUGGGGAAGGCAAGAUGCAGCUGUGGUGUGCCAGCAGGUGGGAUGUGGCCCUGCUAUUACCUACACAACCAACGCCUACUUUGGCUAUGGCAAAGGUCUAAUCUUGCUGGACAACGUACACUGCAGUGGCACAGAGAGCCAACUGUCUGCAUGUUACAGCCUUGGAUGGGGGAUUCAUAACUGCGGCCAUCAUGAGGACGCUGGAGUCAUUUGCACAGGACUGACCACUACCACCUCUCCUCCUGUGAACACAGAGACCUUAAACAAUGCAUUCUUCCAUACUAAGAUCCCAGCAGAGACGGGAAUGACUAUUCCAGUUACAGAGACAACAGCAGCUAAUCCAACCACAUCCUUUACCACAAAAGAGCAGCCCACCGUCCGUGUAGUGAAUGGCAACAGCAGCUGUCAAGGCCGUGUGGAGGUCUUUUAUGAAAACAUCUGGGGCACUGUGUGUGAUGAUGAGUGGGAUAUGGAGAACGCUGAGGUGGUGUGCAGGCAGCUAGGGUGUGGCCCGGCCAUGGCAGCCAUCCCACUGGCGUACUUUGGCUAUGGCUCUGGUCCCAUCCUGCUUGACAAUGUGAACUGCGAUGGCAAUGAGAGGCUGCUGACUGACUGCUUCAACUUGGGCUGGGGGCAGCACAAUUGUGGACAUCAUGAAGAUGCUGGAGUCAUCUGCUCAACUUCUCCAGCCUGGGCAGGAACAUCUAGAAGCCUUGGAGUUACUGAUAGGAUCAUCACCACUCCCCCACCAGUGGAGGGUGCACUGAGGCUGUCAGGUGGUCACCACCGCUGUGAGGGCAGAGUAGAGCUAUAUCAGCAUGGUGCAUGGGGCACUGUGUGUGACGAUGCUUGGGAUCUUCCUGAUGCCCAGGUUGUGUGCAGGCUUUUGGGUUGCGGUGAUGCCAUGUCUGCAAAGGUGGAGUCCUUUUUUGGACAAGGCGUUGGAAUCAUCCUCCUGGACAAUGUGAAGUGCACAGGCACGGAGCUGUCACUCCAGCAGUGCUCUCACAUACCAUGGGACGUACACAACUGUGACCACUCAGAGGAUGCCGGUGUGACUUGUUCACUCACAUGAUUCCGCCCAUACACAAAAGCCACGCCCUUUCCGCCUGUGGUCUAUAGAUUGGAUUAAUUGGGAAAUGUAGACAACAGGACAUGUACAUUUUUGUAAAUAUCCACUCACAUUGAUACACUAAAGGUAUAAGAAGCUACUGGAUGAUCCAAAAACGAAGGAAAUAACAAAUUAUGAUUAUAUACAAAAAUCGACCCAAAUCGGUUAUUUUAUUUAUGCACUUUAUGAAUGUAUGAAUACCGAAUACAUACAUAUAAACUGUAUGUAUAAACAUGACACCGAAUUUUUCAAUAUUUGUUAUGUCAAAGUAAUGUCAAACAAAAUACUUCUUUUUCUUAAAUACAAUAUAAAGAUAACAUAUGUAGUAUGCAAGUAUGCUAGGCUAGUCAUGCUUUUAAUUUGCAUUGUGGAGCUGCUGGGACAUUUAUUAUUCACAUGUCAUUAUGAAAGUACAUUUUUUAUUAUCUACAAAAUUCCAAAAUUUUGUAAUUAGAAAGUUUUUUUGUUUAUAUUCUGUUAAAUAAGAAGCUCUAAAUAUUACACCAAAAAAAUCAUAUUGCUAUAUUGCUAUAGGAUCUAGACUAUUCAGAUUUUGAAGGAAAAAAAAGAUUUUCUCAGGUUUUAAGAUCUCUAAUUACAUUUGGUAAGUAUGGUUUAAAAAUAUCGCAAAAUUGGGAGCUUCAGUUUGCACAUAAACAUUCUUUCUGCUUAUCUAACAUUAAUCAAACCAGCUGAAGUAGUUUAUAUUGACUGAUUGGUUUCUGGAAGCAUAAAUUAUUUUGUAAAUCAUGUGUGGGCUUAUUUUUUGUAAUUAU